AUGCCUGAUGAUCCUGAAAUCCCUGUGGAAAUCUGUGUGGAGUGUGAGAAAAAACCCCUGCCACAGGGACCACCCGGUGGCAUCCUUGGCAUUCUGGGUGUAGUGGUGGUGGCUGGCCUGAUUGUAGGCGUGGUAGUCACCAUCUGCAUGGUGUACAAGCGCGGACAGAAGCCCCGCACGGAGACCGACAAUGACCUCAUCGCUGUGGCUGAUAGCUGUGUGACUCAGACUCAGGCCCCUGUGGCUGAGGCCCCAGAGAAGCCCGAGUCCCCCAGCAGGACAGACCUCCCGCCUGCUCACAAACCCGCCCCACCGCCGCCCAAAAAGAAGACUAGCGAUAUGAAAGGAGGCCUGACAUCUGAUGACAUCCAGGUGGUUCAUCUGGACAAGGAAGAUGAGAUGCAGAAACUUCCGCUACAGCCUCCUUACUAUGACAUGGCACCCUCCGAAUCUACUGCCUUCACUGAUAAGCCCAACUCUGGGAACCGUUUCGAAGAGCUACCGAACCCAGCUGACUAUGUGAACUACCAUCACCCAGGCAGCCAGGAACACUGUAUUGAGAUUCAGCCUCCCUCUGCCUACCCUCCUGUGACCUUCCUGCCCCAGAACCCGUACACCCAGCACCCCACCAACACGCCCAUGUACACCUUCCAACCCAACGCUGCUCCCCCUGCUCCCCGCCCCCCUUAUACCUUCCCCAAAGAGCAGUCAGUCUAAGGUGGUCCAGAACCUCCCUUCCUCGCCGUGGGCCCGCGACAGCUCUUCUGCCAAGCCCCACUUCCUUUUUCUUCCCUGGAAAGGAAUAGCCAUUCUGAUUUCCACCUGAAGAGAAUGAUGCUUCCUGCCUCCUCACCGCAUUUACGAUGUGGGCGUUCUCCUGGAAUGAUGAAACAAGUGUCAGUAGUCUGUGGACCUGAAACCUUUGCGUGUUUGUGCACAUGCAUGUUUCACUGUGACUGUCGUUAGGACCCCCCAUGUCUCGUGCCGUAGCCAUAGAUGCCACACUGCCACUUUUGUGCGUUUUGCCCUCACAACACUACACCUCACUCUCCCUGAAAAACAGGGCGUCGGCCUUCGCUCAGUCCAGAAAUGCUCCCUUUCAUUUCUUCUUGCAUCUUUCGCUUUUGUUUUUGCCAGCCAUGUACAAAAUGUACUCCCCGUCCCACAUUUUUUCUUUGCUUUUUUUUUUAGUGUACGUCUGUGAUAGUGACUGACUCUUUUUGUAUGUUACACAUUGUUUUUCUUAUGUUUUUGAAGAUUAUAUUUGCUUGCUUCUUGUUGUACAUGCAUAUGACUGAUUAUAUGGUAGUGAAAGUAAAUGAGAUUUUCAUUCAUCACAUUAAUGUUGUCUAAAAGAAUGGCAUGGUCCAUACCUGCAUCAUAAAAACAAUCAUACCGUUCAUCAAAAUAUGGUCAAAUUUGGCAAAUGCCCAUCUUUCAUCAGGAAACAUACAUGAAUAACACAAUGCUGACAUUCAAAAUAAAGUGAAUGUUUCCUUUGUCUUUUAGAUUAGAACUUAAAGGGCUCUAUUUCACACCUGCUCAUGAGAUGCUCAUCUAAGGUGAAAAUUUACUUUUGGUAACACAACAUCAUCAUUGUAUUUCAUUCCGUUGUAGUUACCAAAGAAAUAGAGCAAUUAAUACUUCGGUUUUUCAUGCCGAAUUUAUUCAGUUUUAGUAUAGAGAGCUGAGAUCAUUUCACCUCAGUCUACUUUUUUAUCCAAAUAGCUUUUUUUGUGAAGCUUCUCAAGUAAUCACUGAAUUCAAGAUUCAUCCUUUCAGCCAUGAAUGCUGUGUUAUAAUGAAAAAGAAGCUGCUAGUGGAAUAGACGUCUAUGACAAUCGCUUAUGUAGGCUGCCCUUGGAAAAAAAAGCACAAUAUGAUUCAAGCAUUGAUUUUUAAUUAAAAAAUGUAAUCCAUCAUACUUUAAUCAGUUUCAGCUGAAAUCUGACUCACAAAGCAGAAUGUAUUGCCUAGCCAGCUAAAUUUAAGCUUAGUUUGCUCUAAUCCUGCAUUUUCCUGGAUCCUUCUUUAGCAGGCUACAUCACCAUGGUAACAUAUGCUGCAUGGCUAACCUGCUCCAGGGCUGGUUAAAUUUGGAAUUUUGGAUCACAAACAGCUGUUGCAUAAAUAAGGGAUAGGUUUCCAAUGGAGUUGGACCCGUCUAGUCCCUUUUUUCGGGUCGCAUUUGGUCUUUUUCAUAACAUUUGAGACAUCAGUUGUAUGACUGUUUAUCAGAGUAAACAAAUUAUACUACAUAGAAAUUGAGAAUAUAAAGCCAAUAUUACUCAUUUAAGCACUAACAGGGUAACAGUGGCCAAAGGAUUUAUAUAUAUAUAUAUAUAUAUAUAUAUAUAUAUAUACAUACAUAUCACUGCUG